AUGGACCCUGACUCCGAGUAUUUGACCGCCUUUCGCACCCGUUUCGGAACUUUCCGCUGGAAAGUCCUCCCGUUCGGUCUGAAGGUAGGUCCCGCCUGGUUCCAGCAGUUUAUCAACGCGCAGCUUCACGAUCUCCUCGACCGGUGCGCCAGCGCCUACGCAGAUGACGUCCUGAUCUACUCGGAUAAAGAAGAAGACCACUGGAAAGACUGUCAAGAAGUGAUCUGGCGACUCCAUCAGGCCAACCUCCAGGGAGACAUCAAGAAGUCUAGAUUUAACGUGACCAAGGUUGACUACCUCGGCGUUCUGCUUGAAGCCGGUGUGGGCCUUAGUGUCGACCCUCGGAAAGUUCGAUCGAUACAAGACUGGAAGCUUGAAGACCUCCGAGACCGCACCGCGAUCCGAUCAUUCGUUGGCCUAUGCAAUUUCAUCCGUGUUUUCUGCUACCACGCCUCGGGAGUGGCAGAACCCUUGAACCGGUUGCUUAAGAAGGAUGUUGCCUUUGUGAUGGGCCCGGAGCAACGCGAAGCAUUUGAUCAACUCAAGCGCCUGGCUAUCGAAGCCCCGGUCCUCGCCUUCUUUAGACCAGAACUGCCGACCCGACUGGAGACCGAUGCCUCCCGGAAUGCCACAGCUGGUGUUCUAUGGCAGGAACAGCCUGAUCGGACCUGGAAGCCCGUUGGAUUCUUCUCUAGGACCAUGACCCCGGCCGAGCGAGCCUACCCAAUCCAAGAUCGAGAGCUCCUCGCCGUCGUACAGAGUCUAGAGCACUUCUACCCAGAGCUCUUAGGCCAGAAAUUUGAUGUGAUCACCGACCACGAAGCCUUAGUCCAUUUCUCUACGAAGCGCCUGCUCUCGGUACGACAGAUCAGAUGGUCCGACUUUCUCGCCCAGUUCGACAUCCGUUUCCUCUACCGCCCCGGUCGACUGAACGUAGUCGCCGAUGCCCUCCAGGAAGACAGCCGAGCUUCCUACCGUAAAGGCCCGGGAAGCCGAGGAACGCACGGUGACCCUGAUCCUCCGGAAAGGCUAGGCUUCGCGACCGACUCGCUAGACCCUACGGCCGCCGGCCACCUGCCCCCUCAGAACUUUAGUCCCGAACCUAAGCCUACUAGACCAUUAGUUCUGAGGGCCACGAGUGCCCUACAGACCCCAGAAGACCAAGGGAUACAGCAGACGCCCGAUCAAGACCGCCCAGAACUAGACCCGAACUCGGUCCCGAAGGAGCCGAACUCGUUUCGUUGA